CAAGAUCAUUACACACUUCUACAUAGACACACACACACACACGAAGACAAAACAUAAACACAGCAACACUAUAAGACAUUCCCACAAAUGUUUUCAUUCAGACGAAGCGAGCGAAUAAACUGGCAUGUGAACAACCCACACGUGUUCUCCUGUCCGUUUCUGAGCGAUUCGUCUCCUUGUCUCCUUGUCUCCUUCGGGCCCGAAGGGAAGGCAUUCACGAAGGAAUCCAGGGUCUCUUUCUGGGUGAACCCAACAAUUUGGUGUCAGAAGUGCGAUACUGCCAACCAGAGAAAGAUGGCACUUCAGAUCAGGAGCUUGGUGGAGGAUUGCUCCAGAUACCUGAAGGCGUUUGAGCUGUAUCUAGAGCGCUCAUCUGACCACCAGAGUGUGAGAGGCUUCAUCCAAAGCACACUUCCAGACAUCCUGACCACAUACAGUGUUGGAGCAGGAAAAUCCACACUGAAUAUAAUGGGAGUAGGAUGUGGAUCAGGCGAGAUUGACAUGGAAAUCCUCACACAGCUGCAUGCAAAAUAUUCUGGGGCCAGGGUGGAGUACGAAGUAGUGGAACCCAAUAGGGACAUGCUGGAUAAAUAUAAAGGUUUAGCAUUGAAGACACCAGGCCUUGAUCAUACCACCUUCAGAUUUCAUAUGAUGACGGCAUCCGAGUUUGAGAGCGACUGGAAGCAGAGAAACCCUGACAGGAAGAUGGACUUCAUUCACAUGAUUCAGAUGCUGUACUAUGUGAAGGAUCCAGAGAUGACAGUUUCCUUCUUCCGAAGCUUACUGCGCAAAGAUGGCAAACUUCUCAUCAUCCUGGUCUCAGGAGAUAGUGGGUGGAGUGGUUUAUGGAGACACUACCAUGAUCGGGUGCACAGCAGUCAUGUCACAGCUGCAGACAUCAAAAGCUUCUUAGAUGCCAAAGAAAUCCCUUACAAGAGCUACAGUUUUGUGUCCACUUUUGACAUCACUGAGUGUUUCACAACCAGAGAUGAGAAAGAAGAACUGAUGCUGGAUUUUCUGACGGAGAUACCAGAGUUUAGUAAGAGUACUUCACCAGAGCUGAAGGCUAGAGUGCUGGAGAUCCUCAAACGCCCAGAGUGCAGCCAAGAGGUGAAUGGCAGGAUCAUGUUCAACAACAACAUGGAAGCCUUGGUGAUUGACCAGUAACUCUUAAAGAGAGAUGUGGUUCUACAUUUGGACUGUAUUGAAAUU